AAUAUUUAUUUUCCUUUUCUUCUGUCACCCCACCCCCUUUGCUGUAUCCAUCAUGCAUGUGGCAUUUGUAUAUGUUAUUACUAUUAUACUAUGCAUUUUCAUUACUUUAAAUAACUUCAUGGCAGUUCAACGAUGCAGCCCGUUUGAUAUUCGAACACCUGUGAGAUUUUCCACAUUAGGAAGUCGAGACUCAGCAAGAGACCCGCAUACCUUGGUUCAGCUUACCUCUUUUAUGGCGAUAAACAAAUUUCAGCCUUUCCAUGUAUCCAUUUGCAGUAAUGCUCUUCUACUUCUGGAUUUCCAUAGCCAUCUAACACAAAGUGAAGUAGCUGGAUAUCUUGGGGGACAAUGGGAUACCAACAGCCAGUUACUUACUGUGCUCCGUGCCUUUCCCUGCCGUUCUCGUCUCAGAGACACAGAGACCGCUGCUGCAGCAGAAGAGGAGGUGAUAUGUGGGGAAAGUACAUUUUUAUGUAGUUGGCUAAGAUAGCAUGAAUGACCUUUACAGACAUGAGAAUAAAAUAAUG